AUAUCUUUCUGAUUCAUAUUGCGUUCUUGGUCCGCCAUCUGAUCGGGUUAAUCCCAUCAUUGGUCCUUCCAUUGAGAGAAACUGUGAGACAAAGUUGUGAGAUUAUGGCCGGACGAAGGACGAGACGUAACACCACUGCUUCCGCCCAGUCGACGGUGAGGAGUGACCACCCUGAACAAGGCAUGAUCGUUCCUGUCAAUGGGCUAGAAACGGCGUUGAAUAAUGUGGCUAACAUGAUGGCCAACAUUAUGGAACGCUUGGAUCAGGCACUUCCUGGCCCAUCGGGUACUCGGAAUGUCCCUGCCGGGCAGCCCCGCCAAGUCCUGCGUACUGCCAGUUCUCCCAUCCUCCAAGAACUUCACGAUCCGGAAGAAGUCGAGAAGGAGAGACAGGCCAUCGCUAGGCGCCAAGCGGAGGAAAUGGCCCGAAAUAAUAAGGCGAAUGGGGACCGAACAAGGGCUGUGAGUCAAGUCAUGGGCAAUGGAAACGAAAACUCGCGGGGGACAAUUUUUGAAAGGAUAUCUCACCAGAGGGCUCACGUUAGUGAGAGGCUGGGGAAGAAUCCGGACAAGGCACCCCAGGGUUGGGUACGACCCCAGGUCAGCCAAGUUGCAUCCUCCAACCGCGAACCUCGGCAGCGAGCCGGCCGCGGUGGGAGCCAAGCGCCGAUGCGGUCAUUGGUGAUCUUGGACGAGGAAGAAGUUCAGAGCCAAGCAAGGGUCCCAGCACCGCAGCGUCUCGGGCCGCAAGUACCGGAAGCUGGAGAGUUCCAGGACUUGAGGCAACAGAUCCAGGAGAUGCAGAGGAAGAUAAACAAGGCACGGGUAUUCACUACCCGGACGAAUACUCCGCUCGCCCCGAGGAUCUUUGCGGAACCAUAUUCGCAGGGGUUCAAAAUGCCGUUUGUCAAGCGUUAUGAUGGGAAAUUGGAUCCCCAAGAACACAUAAAUAGUUAUGUCCAGGUGAAUCACAUUCCUGCCGGAUCGAUUCGGACUUGGGAUGAGUUGGGAUUGCGGUUCCUAGAGCAUUUUGCAGGGAACUGCCGUCCCAAGAAUCAUUUCACUCACUUGGCUUCAGUGCGGCAGAAGCACGGGGAGUCCUUGAAGAAUUUCCUAGUCCGAUGGAGAAAAGAAUCCAGGGAGGUUGAAGGAAUCGAUGAUAAAUCCAGGUUAGCCAUGUUCACGGCGGCGCUGCAAGAUGGUCUCCUUCAUACCGAUCUUACAACUCAUCCCCCGGAUACCUUUGAAGAAGCAAUGGUCCGGGCUAGAAGGUAUGUGACCUUGGAGGAAAGAAAGGAGGAGAAGAAAGAGAAGGCUCCCAAAGAAGAAGAGAAGGCAGGAAACAAGAAGCCUUUCAAGAACAAGAAGCAGGGCUUCCCGGAUGGCCCAAAGGGCACAAACUAUGGGACCUCGGAGAAGCACAAAUUUGCCAAUCUAGUGUUUACAUUGCCGGUGGCUGAAGUCAUGGACCAUGCUGCACAGCAGGGACUGAUGACAUAUCCGACCUAUUCCCAGAAGGUCUGCAAUGUGGAGGACACUGGGAAAUGGCUAAUCCGCCGGGGCCAUCUGAAGAAAUUUGUACAAGAUGGGGACGGUGGAAAUCCCGCGAAUGCUCAGAAUGGGAAGCGUAGAGAUGGGCAGGUGGCCCAGGCCGAGGCCCGGGAAAAACGCCACAUCGGGCAUGAAGAUGAAGAAGAAGAUUCAGAGCCCGCACCACACCGGCAGAAGAGGCACCACGGGUGUAAUUACAUCAUUGGUGGGAACAUUGGUGGAGACUCGACCACAAGCCGGAAAAAGUGGGCCAACGCGGCGAUAGUCAACAAGGUGGUGGCCCGAGAAGGUAAGAAGCUGAAAAAUGAGUCGAUUAUAUUUUCUAAUGCUGAUUUGCCAGAAAUAGGGGUCCCCCAUAGGGACGCCCUGGUGAUUACGAUCGAUAUAAUGGACUUACUGAUCCACAAGACUCUGGUGGAUACGGGAAGUUCCGUUAACAUCAUGUACAUGGAUACUUACAAGGCUCUUGGUUUGACAAGAGAUGAGUUAUUACCCAUUAUGACUCCUCUGACCGGGUUCACCGGCGACUCUAUUGAACCGGAUGGGGUGAUAACCCUGCCGGUCGAGAUAGGAGAUACUAAGGCCACCAAGAAAUUGGACAUGGAGUUUGUUGUAGUGGGUAUAAUCUCCAAUACCAAUAUCAUUCUGGGCAGACCCGACACCCAAGUGGGGGAGGUGACCGCACAGCUCUUAAGGGCCGAGGAGAGACGUCCUAGAGUAGAAGUUGCAGGCGACAUUGAGGAGGUUGAACUGGAGCUGGGCAUACCAAGAAGGUUGGUCAGAAUUGGAAAGGACCUGGGGGCUGAACUCAGGUCGCGAGUGAUCUUUGUUCUUAGAAGGUUCAGGAAGGUCUUUGCAUGGAGUCCAGCUGAUAUGCCGGGGCUGGAUCACAAGAUCGCAGUUCAUCGCCUCAAUGUAUUGCGAGAUGCUAAACCAGUGAAGCAGAAGCGGAGGCAUUUGUCGUUUCAGUUCCGUGUGUCCAACAAUGAAGCUGAAUAUAAGGCCUUAAUCAAUGGACUAAAGAUUCUCGGCAAGCUGGGGGUGUCUAGGGUCCAGGUAUACAGCGACUCCCGUUUGGUUGUGGGACAAAUCAGUGGGGAGUUCGAAGAAAAGGAAGAAAGAAUGAAGAGAUAUCGAGACUUGUCCUUGGUAAUGUUGGGCAGAUUCGAGUAUAAGCUGGAGCACAUACCUCGGGCGAACAAUGCGGAAGCUAAUGUUUUAUCUAAGCUUGGCGCUGAAUCACCAGAAUAUAUAAGCACGUUAGCAACUGUGGAGGAGUUGGCAACCCCGAGUCUCAAUAGGGAUGAAGUGCUCUGGGCAUCAGCCGAUCCUCUGGAGUGGUUAGACAGGUUGGCUAGAUACAUUGAAGACGGGGUAGCCCCGGAAGAUCCUCAGGAGGCCCGGUUGUUGCGAAUGAGAGCACCCACCUACAAGGUGCAGGAUGGAGUCCUGUAUAAGCGGUCUUACAACGGCAUUUUACUCCGCUGUCUCAGGGCGGCAGAGGCAAGAGCGCUUAUGGAAGAGAUACAUGAAGGAAUAUGUGCUGCACAUCAGGGCCCAUAUUCUAUAUCCAGAAGGGCGGUAAUCCAGGGAUAUUUCUGGCCAACUAUGAGGAAGGAUUAUGAGGAAUAUGUGUGCAAGUGUCCAACCUGUCAACAAUUUCAGAAUGUGCCCUGAAGGCCAGCCACAAACUACACACCCAUCAGCUCGGUGAUCUCUUUCUCCAGGUGGGGGAUCGAUAUCGUGGGAGCCCU